CCCGAAUUAACAACUUCACCAGAAUCAACAACCCUAUCAGAAUCAACAACUUCACCAGAACCAACAACUCCACUAGAACCAAGAACUUCGCCAGAACCAACAACUCCACUAGAACCAAGAACUCCACCAGAAUCAACAACUACACCAGAAUCAACAACUUCAACAGAAUCAACAACCCUAUCAGAAUCAACAACUUCACCAGAACCAACAACUCCACUAGAACCAAGAACUUCACCAGAACCAACAACUCCACUAGAACCAAUAACUCCACCAGAAUCAACAAGUACACCAGAAUCAACAACUUCAACAGAAUCAACAACCCCACCAGUAUCAACAACUUCAACAGAAUCAACAACUCCACCAGAAUCAACAACUUUACAAGAACCUACAACUUCGCAACAAUCCACAACUCCACCAGAAUUAACAACUUCAACAGAUUCAACAACUCCACCAGAAUCAACAACUUCAACAGAAUCAACAACUCCACCAGAAUCAACAACUUCAUCCGAAUUAACAACUUCACCAGAAUCAACAACCCUAUCAGAAUCAACAACUUCACCAGAACCAACAACUCCACUAGAACCAAGAACUCCAUCGGAACCAACAACUACACCAAUCCCAACAAGUCCACCAGGUCAAUCAAAUCCGGUAAAUUCUUCAAAUACACUAGAUCUCUAAGAUCAACCAGAUAAACCGCUAUUCGAAGCUCUCGUAACAGGACCUUCACCGACAGGAAGUGGGUGAAUAUUUGACGUUGAAACAUCCAUUUCGUUUAAAUGCAGCAACUAUGGUCUUAUACACUCUUAAUAAAUCUUGACCUGAUGUGAAUAUUGUUGUGAAAUAAGAGAAAACACGUCGAUUUAGAUAUCGAGGGGGAAAUUCAAAAACGCUAUCUAGAGAAUUUUCACCCACAUCCCUAACUUUGAAAUUUCAAAUGGCACCCCCUACCUUGCUAUACUUCAAAGAAAGAGCAUAAAGAAUGGGCAUAAGGAAAGGGCAUAAAAUUAUCUAUUCAACCAUGAUAAAAAAAAUGAAUUCGAUCGAUGGUUCUCAAGAUUACACAGAAGACUACACAGAAGAUGGAAGCUAUCCAUUUUAAUAACUUUAUGAAUGAAAACACGUCGAUAUAGAUAUGAACGAGGAAGUUCAAAAAUGGUACUUACAAAAUUUUAGGUUUUAACCCUGCA